AUGGAGAACAUGAUGCAGGGCAAUAAGAUCAGACGAGUUGCAGCUACUCGCAUGAAUGAGAGGUCAUCUCGAUCACACACUAUUUUCCGGAUUAUUCUGGAGUCGAAAGAUGCCAAUCAGAAAGAUGGACCUGUACAUAUAAGCUACCUUAACUUAAUGGACUUAGCUGGUUCUGAGAGAGUUUCUCUGACGAAAGCUGCUGUUUAUAUUGAAAUCUACAAUGAAAAGAUCAAUGACCUCCUGGAUAAGAGCAAUCAGGGUUUAACUAUAAGAGAAGAUAUCAAAGGAAAUGUGCUGCUUGAUGCAAGGGAAGCUGUCGUAGACAAUGUUGAUAAAGUUAUGGAGAACAUGAUGCAGGGCAAUAAGAUCAGACGAGUUGCAGCUACUCGCAUGAAUGAGAGGUCAUCUCGAUCACACACGAUUUUCCGGAUUACUUCUGGAGUCGAAAGAUGCCAAUCAGAAAGAUGGACCUGUACAUAUAAGCUACCUUAA